AUGCCGGAAGCUGUGGGAAUCAGAUGGAAUUCGCGGGAAUUCCUAGGAAUUUCUACCGAUUCCGUCUCGGACACAAUUUCGGAAUUAGGUGGAGGAGUUCCGGAAUUAGUUAAAGAAAUUCCGGAAUUACUUGGAGGAAUUUGGGAAUUAGGUUGGAGGGAUUCCGGAAUUGGUGGAACUGAUUCCGCCGGCGGAACUGGUUCCGGAAUGUGCAACAUUGCGGAAUAG